UAAAACAAAUGCCGAAGGUAUUUCCAUUCAUAGUUGGAGGUGGCAGUGCCACUUGUAUCCUGGGUGGCAGCAGUAUGUAUAAUGUGUCCCUUGCGUUUGUACUUGUAUUCGUAUAAGAUAAACAUUUUAACGCUUGUGUGCACGUGAGCGCUUGUCUUGGUCACGGGCGAGAAAGGCCGGGGUUUUAUAUCUAGUUCUACUCACAUCGGGGUUUGGCAAAUGCAAGAGAAGAAUCAGAAGAGAAAAAUGGCGAUCCGGUGGAUGUUGUUCCUCUGUCUUGCGCCGAUCCUGAUUUCGUGCGCUGCACAGCAACAAGAACAAGAAGCAGAGGGAGAAUCCUCUGUCUUGACAUUGGAUGCCACCAAUUUCACUGACGCUCUGUCAAAGCAUCCUUUCCUCCUUGUCGAAUUUUAUGCUCCUUGGUGUGGGCACUGUAAGCGUCUUGCACCCGAGUAUGAGAAAGCUGCAGCCAGUCUAAAAGAUAAUGAUCCUCCCAUCAUCUUAGCUAAGAUUGAUGCUAACGAAGAAUCAAAUAAAGCCUUGGCUGGUGAAUAUGAAGUGAGAGGUUUUCCAACUUUGAAAAUCAUUCGGAAUGGGGGGGCAAACAUUCAGGACUACAAAGGUCCUCGUGAAGCAGAUGGCAUUGUUGAAUAUUUGAAAAAGCAAGCUGGUCCAGCAUCUGUAGAAAUUAAGUCUUCAGAAGAGGCUGGCAGUCUUAUUGAUGACAAAAAAGUGUUCAUUGUAGGAGUAUUCCCUAAACUUGAGGGUGAGGAAUUCAAUAAUUACAUCGCUGUCACAGAGGAGUUGCGUUCAGAUUAUGAUUUUGGUCAUACAACUGAUUCUACAGUCCUUCCUUUGAAGGAUUUUCCUAUUAAACCACCGACAGUUAGGAUCUUUAAGCCUUUUGAUGAGCGAUAUGCUGAUUUUCAGGAUUUCAAUGUUGAGGCAUUAAAAAGGUUUAUUGAAGAAGCCAGUAUGCCUCUUGUAGCAGCUUUGACCAAGGACCCUGCAAAUCAUCCUUAUGUGUUGAAAUUUUUCAACACUCCAGAUUCCAAGGCUGUGUUCUUUCUGAAUUUUAGUGGAGACAAUGCAGAAACAUAUAGAUCUACAUAUCAAGAGCUAGCAAAGUCUUACCAAGGCAAAGGUGUAAGAUUUCUCCUGGCUGAUCUUGAGGCUAGUCAAGGUGCUUUGCAGUACUUUGGUCUCAAAGCUGAGGGUGUGCCAUGCUUCCUUAUUCAUGAUACCGAAGAUCAGAAGUUUCUUAAGGAGCAAAUUAAGGCAGACCAAAUGGAAUCCUGGUUGAAGGGGUACUUUGAUGGAACAUUACAGGAGUACAAAAAGUCUGAGCCCAUACCCGAGAAGAAUGAUGAUCCUGUGAAAAUUGUUGUGGCAGAUUCUCUUCAAGGAAUGGUCAUAGAUUCUGGGAAAAAUGUGCUUCUCGAGUUUUAUGCUCCUUGGUGUGGGCAUUGCAAGAAACUGGCUCCUACUUUGGAUGAGAUUGCAGGUAUUCUUCAGAAUGAGAGUGAUGUGAUGAUUGCUAAAUUGGAUGCUACAGCUAAUGAUAUUCCUUCCAAGCUGUUUGAUAUAAAGGGAUAUCCAACAUUAUAUAUGGUUUCUGCCAGUGGCAAAACGGUUCAAUAUGAAGGAGACAGAACGAAGGAAGACAUCCUUGAUUUCAUUCAAAAAAAUAGAGAACCUGUAAUCGAAAGUAAAACCAGUACGGGCAAUGAUGAACUCUAAAAUGAGGAUAUAAAUAUGUGGUUAUGAUCCGUCUGACACUAUAUCCUUGCAGUUAGCAGUAGUUGAUUAAAUCUCAGCUGGUUUUAGAAAAGUGACUUGGGAAAUUACGGGAGGAAAACAUUAAUAAGGCCUUUUUUACAUUGUAGAGAACAUUAAGAAGUUCACAAGUUUAGGCUUAAGCGGCCUUUACGAAUAAUUUGAUAAAUGAGAGUAAAUUUUAACUUCCA